AUGACUAUUCUCACUUCACAACCUUGGGCUUUGACUCGCAAUACUGAACAUUCCCGGGACUGGGAAAUGUUUCAACCACGGACUGACGCUGACGGGCAGCCGAUUCAGCUGCCUCCUCUCAAACAGGUUUUUCCAGACCUUGACUUGAGUUCAAGGGGGAAUGAUGAUAGGUCACAACGCUUUGGCAGCGGUGAUUUCCGGUUCAGGUCUCCCGACUUUAACGCCUCACCUCACAAACGGAGAAGAUAUGAAGACGAGGCAGAGGCGGAGGCGGCUCACCAAAGACACGUACCACGGGUGCAUCUCUCGCCUGGUUCAUCCUAUUCUCUCCCUACGCCAAUGGAAGUACAAGACUUGUCAAGGCCACACAUGCCUCUACCAAGCUUGCGAACAACAAUGAAUUUCGAAAAUGAGUCUCGAAAUAGCCUGGAUAGCUCCCGGAGCAGCUCUCGAGAGUACCCGAGAACCCCUAGUCGACCUUAUGAUCGAGCACCCUACUCAGCGGGUGUAUAUCCCCACUACAUGGAACCAAAUCAUACAAGCCACUAUGGAGAGUUGGGAGCCAUGGCCGGUGAGAGCAAACAGCGAAAACGCCGUGGCAACCUGCCCAAGGAGACGACUGAUAAGCUACGGAGCUGGUUCCUUGCGCACCUGGGGCACCCGUACCCUACAGAGGAUGAGAAGCAGGAACUGGUGCGCCAGACUGGACUGCAGAUGAAUCAGAUUUCCAAUUGGUUCAUCAACGCAAGGCGACGCCAGCUACCUACCAUGCUCAAGAACGAGGCCGAUGCUGCAGGGCGAGGCAUUGCCAGCAGGGAGGGCAAAUCUACGGAUCCCUCGUCUGUUGCCUCGUCGCCUAUGAGCGAGGUCGCCCAUUCGAGCGAUGAGAUUCUUCAGCGCCAUCAGGGCGGCGGAAGCUUAAAGCGGGGCAGUGUAUGA